GGGGGGAGCAGCUGGGGUCCCCCUGACUUGUGACAGCUUUCCAACUUUUCCUCUCCCAACCAAUUUUUCCAUUGGAGAGUUUGGUUGUGCAUGACGGAGAAGACCAGAAGAAGGAGUUCUUGUUCCCCAAACCUUGAGGCAUUCUCAAGGUUGCAACCCCAAAGAGACUUUGCAACAUGAAACCCUCCAGCAAGUAUCUCCCUCUGACAUUUCUCCUAGUUCUUUUUGACAGUCCUAUCUCUGCAACCUGGAAUUCCACUCUGCCCAGCUCCAUCCAAGCCCUAGAAGGAUCCUGUGUGGUUAUCCCAUGUUCCUUCACCUUCCCAGAUUCAUGGGAUCUACAGGAGAGCAGUUUCAGUGUGUCUUGGUACCAGUAUCAUUCCUGGACCUACCCUGAAAUCUACAACAGCAAAACGCCAAGCAGUGUCCUAAAAAAAUACCAGGGACGAACAAAAGUGGUGGGAGAUCUGGAAAAGGGCAACUGUACCCUCAGCAUCAAUCCAGUACAGAUGGAGGAUGCUAUGAGAUAUUACGUCUGGAUCAAUCCUGACUCAGUCUGGCAUCGAUUCUACGACGUCACUGUCCAGGUUGAGGUAACAGAUGCUCCUAACCAGCUGGAGUUGAGCGAUCUGGGACUAGUGAUGGAAGGCAAUCCCACCCAGGUGUCUUGUUCAGUCCUGCACACUUGUCCUUUGUCUCCACCUGUCCUCACCUGGAAUCUUGCGGAAGACAAGGCUGUCACAAUCCAAGAACAUUUGGCAGGGGGAUCCUGGAGGACAGAAUCUAGUUUUAACUACAUCCCUUCCCACAAGGACCAUGGCAGAUACCUGCAAUGCAGUGCAACUUUUCCAAACAGGCAACAGAUUCACAGCAGGAUCAACCUGAAUGUUCAGUAUCCUCCCAAAAAUGCAACCAUCGUGAUCCUUGGGAAUCAAAGACUAAAAGAAGGAGACAGUGCCACUCUGCGAUGUGAGAGCCAUGGAAACCCACCCCCCAUCAGCUACCACUGGUUCUUUGGGCCACACAAGGCACCACUGAAGGAAGCAGGCAGUGGACUAGAGGUGAAGCUGAAGGACAUCCGGAGAGACUGGGAGCCGUACCAUUGUGUUGCAGAAAAUGAUGUUGGCAUGGGGGAGGACUCCCCACCUACUUACCUCAGUAUGGAGUAUAAGCCAGUGAUUUGGCCCGAAAGCAACUGUACUAUCUCAAGAACUGGAGAAACUGUAACCUGUUACUGUGUGGCAGAGGGAAACCCCCCUCCGAGAAUUGAGUGGUAUUUUCCAAACCACACCGUUCCUGGGGAUUUCAACAACUCCGAGCUGUGGGCGGCCUUGAACUCUGGAGAACAAACCAUCAUUGGCAUCCUGAGGGGGCCCGGAUCUAACUUCACCCACCUGUCCUGCAAGGCCAUCAAUCAGCACGGGACCAGCCAAAUCACACUGCCCACCUUCAAGGCAGGGAACAUCCCUCUUUUGCUCAUUGGAUGUGGGGGAGCUGUUGCAGGCCUCCUCCUCUUUACCUUGCUGGGAAUUUUGAUUUACAAAGUGACAGUAAACAGAAGGAAAAAGAAGAGACAAGGGGAGGAAGAGGAAAAUCGCAGGAUACAUGGAAAUGGAGAGCAGAUUAUUUACCUUAAUACAGACAAGCCAUCUAAAGACAAUGAGGAAGAACAACUCAACAUGUACAGCAAAUCCAAUGUUCCAGGAGGCCAAGAUUCUGAUAAUGAAUUAAGCGCCAGCAAGACCUAUGAGAAUAUGGAGAAGGCAGAAGAUUAUGAGAAUAUAUCAACAGAAAAGGCCACUGAAUAUUAUGGGAUAAGCGAUUGGCAGUUUCCCUGUGGCAGUGAUCAACUCUACUCCAACAUCUGACCCAACAUGAGCAUGGGCAAAAGAUCUUGAGAUCUCCUGUGUAACACGUGCUUAUAUGACACUUCCUAGAUGCAUGGGGAACCUCUGGCCCUUUUACAAAUAUCUCUGAACUACAACUCCCAGCAGCCCAACCAACAUGGCCAUAGGUGAGAGUUGCAGGGAGGUAUAAUCCAGCAACAUCUAGGGGGGUCAUGGAUUCUCCACUUCUGGGAAUUCCCCAUCCACACCCAUAGUUUCCCCCAGCCAGCAUCUCCUCCUCAGACAGUGAUUGGUCAGGAGACUUGGAAAGGCAUAACUGCAAUUAGAAUAUUGAUAUGAUGAAAUUUGUGGGGAACCUUUUAUCAAGCCAUAUCUCUCCAAAGUCCCUGGGGAAGAUUAUUAUUGUAAACUCUCCCUGCAACAAGGAACAUUCGUACUACAGGUAGUCCUUGUUUAAUGACCACUCGUUC